AUGACCCACCAUGACCUGCUCGAUGUCCCCUACGAGCCCAAUCCAUUCCAUGUUGACCCUCGCAGACUAAAGGCGCAGUUUAGAAAGGCACAGGCACAGUGUCACCCCGACUCAUGGGCCUCUAAAUCUCCGAAACAGCUUGACCUGGCGCACACCCUUUCUUCGCGGAUCAACGAAGCCUACCAGUGUCUCCUGGACCCACUGGCCCGUGCAGAGUACAUCCUGAAGCGCAACGGGGUGGUCAUGUCGGAAACGGACCAAACGGACGACAUGGAGCUGUUGGAAAAGGUGAUGGAUGCCAACGAGGCUAUUGCGAUGAUGGGACCCGAGGACGCGGACCAGAUCAGUGAGCUACGCAGCAAAAACCAAGACGACAUGAAGAGGGUGAGCGACGUGCUAGAGGGGCUUAUUAGGGAACAGCGGUGGCAAGAGGCGAAAGGAGAGGCGAUCCGACUGCGGUAUCUGCAGGGCAUAGAGCGUUCGUACAGAAAAUGGCAGGAGGAGCAGACAUAG